ACAUUGAAACAGAAAAUGAAACGCACGUAGGUACUCGGAUGUUUUGGGGGAAAUCCGUCUGGUACAACACGGUAACAUGCAAAGAGGCAUGAUUUCAACCAACAGAGGGAAAAUGUCUGAGUUUUUGACCAUCUGUAAGUUGUCUAUCAUCGCGUUUACAUUGUUUUUUGGUGUUUCUGGUUCUGGUUGUCCAGUUCUGGAGUGUUGGUUUGUACAGGAGAAGCCGGGUCACAGAGGGGGUUUCACGGUACCAAUGGAUCAAGAGAAAUCUCUAAUGUUCAUCACAACUGAAGCCUACAAUGAAAAAACAUUAUCUGAACUUCAUCCUCCAGCAGAUAUCAGCCCGUCCAGAAUUUACCAUGUCACUGAUCCAGCCGGCACGUUUUGUAGUUCAGCCCUGAACCCACCCAAAGGUUCUGUGAAUAAACCCAAGUGUGAGAUAAACCCCUUCAUGCCUCACGCCUCAAUGGUCAGAUGGGCAGCUGCUUUGACUGACUCCGCCCAAAGUCCUGUCUACCUGCAAGCUGAUUGGUUCUCAGUGGCAGCACAGGGACUUGAUGAGCAGCUGACUUUGUCCAAUAUUAUGCGAGCGCCUUCAACUUCUAAAGAGCCAAAAGUGAUUCUCAGUGUGUCCAGUAAAACUCCAGUGGUCCGCUCUAGACUGGGGGAGCAGGUUCUUUUGGACUGUGGGUUCUGGGUUGACCCAUCAUCUCCACUUCACGGCUCUGGUUUCUCUAUCGAGUGGCGCUAUCAGUUCCGGGGUGAAGGACGUCUGGUCAUUGCUUAUGAUGGCAAGAACGAUUGGUUUGCUGAGACAUCAGAGACAGGAGCUGAUAUUGACGUCACAGCUCUCUAUGAGUCUGGAAAUGCAUCUCUGGUUUUAGAGGAGGCUCAAGUGAGACACUCUGGUACUUAUAUCUGCACUGUUUAUCUUCCUCACCUGCUGGCACAGGUAGCUGUGGACCUGGAGAUCGUUGAGCCUCCAUCUCUCUCCAUCUACCCUUCUCCUCUUCCUCUGCUUGUACCUGGUCAGGUGGUGGUGGCUCAGUGUGAGGCGUCUGGUUUUGCUCCUCACACUCUGGAGCUGGGCUGGGAGUUCACUGGGGCUGAUGGGAAGUCACGGUCUCUGGGUCAGGGGAGUGUGACGGGUCACAGACAGGCAUCUGAUGGCACAUUCAGUCAGAGCACCCGUCUGGAGCUGGACUCAGGGAAGCUGAAGCUCGGCCGUGGUGGUGAGGUCACCUGUGUAGCCAAACAUGAGGGAGAAGCGAGGAGAGCUAGUGCAACACUCAAUGUGAUUGGUGUUAGUGCCCCCUCUAUUGAAGACUCUAUGGCGAUGGUCGCUGUUGCUCUUGUGCUUUAUGGAGUCAUAAAGGUUCUUUACUGGACAAUUAGUUCUGCUGACUCCAGUGACACUGAUUUAAAGGAUAAGAAGGAGAAAUAAACCUGGACGUGGAAGUGGUAUUUUCUGUACUGUCACUGCAGAGCUUCUGUUUUUCAACAUUCUUCCUAAAAGCUGAAUAGUCUGCUAUAAAACUGAAAAGAAAAAUGCUGUAAAUAAUUCCCAGAAUAGUUGUAUGUAUUGUAUUUCCAUAUUGGCUUAACAUUUUUAUUGUAGCUAUGGAUAAAAAUGGAUAAAAAUGCUAUAUUUAAGUUGCUUAUCAAAAUUCUAAAAAUGCAAAACCUUUUUGUUAGGUGUAGUUUAACUACUUUAUAAUUAGCUAUAUAAAAACAAAAGAAGUGUAUGUUUGUCUAUGUUUGGGAUGCAUUUUACAUUCAAAUAUUGUCAUAAAUGCUGGAAAUAAAAACAAUUACAACAUUUAUUUCGUGUC